CCAACCACGCGCAUGCGCGGUAAUGUCUCGCCAGUCCGACGGGUGCCGCUGCCAUGACAACGUCUAAAACGCACAAACACUGUGAGAGCAGUUGCAAAGAGAGGAGACACUCAAAGAAAGUUGCAUUAACGUUUUUUUCAAAGCGUUAAAAUGUCAGUUUCUUAUAAAGUUGGGACAGUGAAAAGUAAACAGGCUCCUGUUAACAUCCAGCCAAAGGCUCCUGUGGUAAAAGGUGUCAAAACUACUGGAAAGAAGAAGGAUGAAGAGGAAGGGAUAGACACAGCUGACGGAGAAGAAUGGAUGCAAGGAAAAACCCUUGUGAAGCCUCCAGACCAGCUGGACUUAACUGAAGAAGAGCUGAAGGAAGAGAUUACCAGAGUAUUAACAGCAAACAACCCAAAUGCUCCUCAGAAUGUUGUCAGAUACAGUUUCAAAGAGGGCUGCUAUAAAACUAUUGUCUUUGUGGAUCAGAUGGCUAUUCACUUUGAACUAGAAGGGAAUCUUGUGCACAAGGAAUCAGAUGAAGGGCGAAGACUGAUGGCUAAACAUACUGAAAGGGAAGAUGGUGGCGGAGAUGAGAGAUUAGAAAAUGUGGCGAUCAAAACUGGAAAGAGAGAACAGAAAGUCACCAACCAGUUCAACUUCAUUGAUAGAGCCUCACAAACAUUAAACAACCUUCCAAGAGAAAUUAGUUGUCAAACUGAGCCACCCCCUCGUGCAAACUUCUCAGCUACAGCCAAUCAGUGGGAGAUCUAUGACUUUUAUGUAGAGGAACUUCAGAGGCGAGAGAAAAGCAAGGAGAAGCAAGAAAGCCAAUUCCCAAAUAAAGAGGAGGACAAAUACAAGAAAAAGAUGGUUCAAGCAGAGACUCAGAGUGAUGACAUAUCCCAGCUAGCUAAGCCGGCCAAGAUCAUUGAACGUAUGGUGAACCAAAACAUAUUUGAUGAAGUUGCACAAGAUUUCAUGUACUUUGAGGAUGCAGCAGAUGAAUUUCGAGGAGAGAAGGGGACUCUUCUCCCACUGUGGAAAUUCCAGUAUGAUAAAGCUAAAGGUCUGUCUGUGACUGCCCUCUGCUGGAAUCAUAUAUACAGUGAUUUGUUUGCUGUUGGUCUUGGGUCGUAUGAAUUUACUCAACAGGAGCGUGGCAUGCUUCUCUUUUACACCCUAAAAAAUCCCAGCUUUCCUGAAUUCAUCUUCAACACAGAAUCAGGUGUAAUGUGCGUGGAUAUUCAUGAACAGCUGUCCUACCUGGUGGCUGUGGGUUUAUAUGAUGGCUGUGUGUCCGUUUAUGACCUGAGGAAAAAGAGCGAGCAGCCCGUUUAUAACAGCAUAGCCAGCUCUGGGAAACACACAGGCGCUGUGUGGCAGGUGAAGUGGCAAAAAGAUGAUUUGGACAGUAAUCACAACUUCUUCUCUGUGUCCGCUGAUGGACGAGUGGUGUCUUGGACUCUGGUGAAGCAUGAAAUAGUCUUCACAGACAUCAUUAAGCUCCCACCAGUGGACAAAGUACCUGAUGACCUUAAGAAUGUAGUUGCAACAGCUGGAACAUCUUUGGAUUUUCAUAAACAAAAGGACCACCAUUUUCUGGUUGGCACUGAAGCUGGAAAGAUUCACAAGGGCUCCAAAUACUAUUCGAGCAAGUUCUUAGAGAUGUAUGAUGCCCACUUCAUGACUGUCAGCCGUGUUAGGUGGAAUCCCUUCCAUCCCAAUGUCUUCAUCUCCUGUGGCUGGGACUGGAUGGUCAAAAUUUGGGAUCACACAAUUAACUCUGCAGUAUUCACCUUUGAGCUGAAAUCCUCUGUGACGGAUGUAGCCUGGUCUCCAUAUUCCUCCACUGUGUUUGCUGCUGUCACUGCUGAUGGAAAGGUUCACGUGUUUGACCUCAGCAUCAACAAAUAUGAGGCUCUUUGCCAGCAAAAAGUAGUGUCCAAGAAGACCAGGCUUUUGCAUAUUGAAUUCAACCCUGUCCAUCCCAUCAUCAUCGUGGGCGACGACCGCGGCCGUGUCAUCAGCCUCAAGCUCUCACCCAACCUCCGCAAGAAGCCUAAGGAGAAGAAGGGUCAGGAGCUUCCGAAGGGGCCGGAGGUGGAGAUAGCGAAGAUGGAGCAACUCUUGAGCUCGCUGAGAUAGCCUGGGUACAGACAGCUGACUGAGGCACAGUAAGACCAGGACCACUGCACAAAUUCACUAAAAACAGUCAAUAUACAAUAUUCAUCAUGGCCUGGAUUUUAAAUGGAUAGUUCACUCAAAAAUGAGAAUCCUGCCAUCAUUAGCUAUGUUUCCAUUCAAAAAUGGCAAUUAAAUUUAUGAGCAAAACUGGAUUAUCACUAGGGCCAGAUGGAAUCUGCGGACAUUUUUUUUGCUAUUUCUGCGCAGAAUUGUGUUAAAAAUCUGCGGAUUUAUGUGGAAUG